CCCACACGUUCUUUCGGACAAACCUGUACGGACAGGCUAAAGGAAUUAUGCAAUUUAUGCAAUCAAUCCAUUUUGCGAUUAGUUAUUAAAUCUAGUUUAUAAAUUGUAUUAUGUCCUGUCUUGUUUAAAUCUAUUUUGAGUUGCAGAAACGUUUAAGGUAAUUUUGAAAUAAUCAAUUUUGAUAAAAUCUUAACAUUUAACACUAAUUUUUUUUAAAUUAAAUUGUAUUAAAUUUUUUUGUGGCCCGGUCGAAUUCUUCCUUCUUAAGCUGGAUAAUUUUUGUGGCAGUACAGAACUCGACCACAGAGUGUUCAGUGACCGUGUCGCGCAGCCAGAGGUCAUCGUCAAAACCCGUUUCGGAGUUUCUGUAUGCUCGAUUCACUGUCCCAAAAAAAAGGCAGAUUGUAAAAAAGUUUUUAUGUAAACCCCAAAAUCACAGAUUCCUAUGUUUAAUCAAUUGUCAAAUUUAUUUCUGACAUUUAAAAUUAAUCCCUAAACAUAAAUGUCUGGAAAGAAAGUAUUUAAAAGUUCAAUAAACUGGUUAGAAUUAGCAUCGUUAGUUCCCGAACAUCAAAAAUCUUUAUUUGUAACGUUCAAAUCAAAAUCGGAUGCUUAUUUACGAAAAGUACAAAGUCUUCCGGAGACUUUACCAAAAAUCGAUUUUAGUUACUAUAAAAAAGGCAUAGCUAUACCUGGAUUAGUUGACGAUUUCGAGAAACAAUACGGUGAAAUAAAAAUUCCUUAUCCCGAGGAUAAUGUAAGUAAAGAUAUCGAUGAACUUGAGAAAGAAAUUCGCCAAGACAUGGAAAAGUUUAAAAAAGAGUCCGAUGCUCGUAUUGCCGAAUACAAGAAGCAUUUGGCUCAUUUAAAUUCAAUAGUGCCAUAUCAUCAGAUGAGUAUGGAAGAAUAUAGAGACGCAUUUCCAGAAAGUGCUAUCGAUCCGAUAAAUAGACCAACGUUUUGGCCACAUAAACCUGAAGAUCAAAUCGGUUACGAACAGAAAUUAGCUGCCGAACGAGCCGCCGCUGAAGCUGCACAAGCUGCAGCAAAAGCAAAACAAGAAGCUGCUGUACAAGAAGCUAAAGCUAAGCAAAAACAAAAAGAGAAAAAAGAGAUUGAAGACAAAAAAGCGAAAAAAGAGGAAAAGAAGGACACAAAAGAUAAAAAGAAAUAA